AUGCAGUGCAAGCUUUGUAGCCAAUCAGAUUAUCCUCAUACCUACUGCAAGGUAUACAAACCAGACUUGUCAGAACCAUUUAUGUGUCCUCAUUUAAACAGGCAGUCAAUCAUAGUGGACCCCAUGACAGGCGCUCGUCGAUCACCAUUCACAACUCGAUUUACAGCAAAGUUUUCUGAUGUACAUACUAUGAAGGAUGUAUUUGAAAAGGGUUUAGAAAGCUCACGUUUUCAGCCUUGUUUGGGACGGCGCUUUAGUCCAGAUGAACCAUAUGUGUGGUUACGGUACAUAGAAGUGGAUGAUAAAAUACAGACUUUUGGAUCAGCCUUGGUGAAGAUUGCUGGUCAUAUUCAGUGGAGCGACAAUUGUGUUGGUAUUUAUGGCGGAAUUCACCUGAGUGGUUUAUCACUCAACAUGCUUGUGCAGCGUAUGGCUUUCCUGUUGUUCCUCUCUAUGCGACUUUAG